AUGUUAUUUAGAUUGACUUCAAUCUCAAAUGCACAUCGCUCGUAUACACAUGCAGAUAUUCACCAUCCGCUUUACAAAAUGUUAGACAUUGACACGUCUUAUCAGCAUAGGACAACCUCCAUGAGCAGCGUAUAG